UUCAAGCGCAUCGCAGCAUCCAUGCCCAACAAGACAACGAUUCAGGUCAAUGCCUUCUUCAAGACGAAUCUCAAGGAUAUGGACCUUGAGCGAGUAGCAGCCGGUGCACCUAAGCGCUCCCCUACACCUGAGAAUAAUGAUGGGUGGACGAAUAUCCCUGACCUCCCUGGCACCGGCGUCAUGUCUCCCAAUGCAAACGUGACCGCCCCUGCAGAAGCUGUUACAAGCAUACAAGCUUCGACAGUCAACGACAGCUCAUCUGGUCAAGACACACAGGCACGCAAGCAUAUGCCUGUCUCAGGCGUUUUCGCUGCGCCAGUAGAUGGGUACACCCAGAUCCUUCCGCGACCGCAGGCGGCGUUGAGGCAAGGACAAGCAGGCUCCGAUGCGUUCUCGCUAACGACCAUGACGGCGACGCCUUAUGUCUGGCCUCAGGGCCCAUUCCCAUAUGAUUAUUCCCAAGCACCCCCUCCCGACAUUCCCUCAUUUUCAUCCGCGAUUCCGUCUCCGGAUAUCUCAUCUUCCGCCACCUCAGCAACGUCUACACCCCGAUUGGCGCAGGGCUUGAACUUGCGUAGUGCUGAGGAUCUGACCGCCUACCUGGGACGACGUGACACUAGGUCAGACUCAAUUACAACGCCGGGAAAGACAUUAUAAUCACCCAGCUAGACGUUUCUCACUUCAUGUUUUCAUGUCGCCUAAUGAAGGGGACCUUGUAGUAUUUUGGCUUUAUUAUCUCCUAUUGUAUGGGGAUGCACUCUAAUAAUGUU